GGCUACUGCCAACAAUUUUGCUUUGAACGAUUUAAUUGGCAAUGUUUACUUCUGUGUGUGUGUGUGUGUUUGUGUGAGAAUAUUAGAUACAUUCAAGUGCUUAAUCGCUUUUUCAAUGUGAGUGCCACUCAUAGAUAUCUGCUGCGAACCCAACGUCGGGCCCCCCCUUAAAUGGUCAUCACUUUCGUAAGUAUGCCACAGACGUCGCCGCCGCUACAACCGCAAUUCGCAUUUCCCCAUUCAUUCGGUAUGCCAGUAUUUCAUAGUUCAGUAGACAAACGUGAAAGAGCGCAAUGAGUUUUUGAUUUUCUUCUACGCUCCUUAAUAAAUUACACAUAACACAUUAGAAAUUGAAACGGUAUGGUGAAAAUGGAAUCCACAGAAGAACAGGAUCGAAAGUUAGUACUGGAGUUUUGUCAUUUGCUCGAAAAGUCUAAGCAACUAUUUAACGGCCUCAGAGACCUGCCACAAUAUGGUCACAGGCAGUGGCAGGCGUAUUUCGGGCGUACAUUUGAUGUCUACACGAAAUUAUGGAAAUUCCAACAACAGCAUCGCAUGGUAUUGGACUCGAAAUACGGACUGAAGCGUUGGCAAAUCGGCGAAAUUGCAAGCAAAAUUGGACAGCUUUAUUAUCAUUACUACUUAAGAACCAGCGAAACGAACUACCUGAACGAAGCUUAUCAAUUUUAUGCAGCUAUUAGGGGUAGAGCUUAUUAUUCGCGUGCGAUCAAAGAGGAUCGGCCCGAUUUGAUGGUGAAGAAGUUGCGCUAUUAUGCGCGAUUCAUUGUUGUUUGUUUGCUGUUGAAGAAAAUGAAGCUGGUGCGUGAGUUAGUGACGGAGCUGGAGAAGCAAAUACAGGAAUACACAACAACUUACGAGCCAGAAGACCAUUUAGAAUGGUCAUUAGUUUUAGAAGAGAUCAAAGGUUUUAUAAAAGCUGAAGCUGCCGUGGCUGUUCUUCAUGCGGAUUCCAAUCCCAUCAUACUUUCACACAGUGGUUCCGGUUCUAGGUUGUCGCCGUUAACGACGCCACCAUGUGAACGUUCGCCACACAUGACGUUGAGCCUGCAGGAGAUACUCAUUGUGGGCUCGGCGUGCGAGCAGGCGAAGUUCUCGGAGUUAACAAUGGACAUGUUUAGAAUGUUGCAGACACUCGAACGGGAACCGACGGAAUCAACGCAUCCGAUGAGCAUCACACAUGGCAUGCACGGGCACGAUGCCAGCCCGGCUGCCAGCCGCAUACCACCAUAUGGUGUUCCAGGUUCUAAGGGUUACUUAGAAAAUGGCCGUCAUUAUCGAGACAAUCCUCAUAAAUAUUUACUAUACAAGCCUUCUAUUAGUCAACUUCUGGUGUUCUUAGCUAGUGGAUUUAAAGAAUUGCCUCCAGGAGGCGCAUUACUCUUAUAUAUGUCAGCUGAUGGUUGUUUCUCGACUACAAAACAUCCAGAGGACUACGGUUAUGAAUUGGGCGGCCUUGCUACGAGCGUCAAGCGUGAUGGCGUCGAAGGCGGUGGCAUAGCGUGCCGAGGGAAGUCCUACAAGGAGAAUCAUUGUUUGUAUCCCGGCGAUUUGUAUCCAUUCACACGGAGACCAAUGUUCAUUAUCAUCGAUUCGGAUAAUUCGUUUGUCUUUCAACACAUCCCCCGGUACUUUGGCCAACCAUUAGUCAUAUUAAUGUCACCGCAGGAUGUACCGCCCGCAUUCCAAGCUGAUGUACAACAUCACGGUUCGCUAUUCACAUUGUUCCUGCAUUCCCCACUGACGGCGCUCUGCUACAUCUGCAAUGUCGGCGAUGUGCCCAUACACCAUUGGGAGCGCUGCCAGUCGCAUGUGGACCGUUUCAUAACAGAGGCAUCAAGACUUGUGACACGCUGUCGCAUCGAUGAAAUCGAGCAGGGCAUAGGUUUUAUAGACUCAUCGUACGUACAGUUCUUCGGUGAUGACUUUUUGCGUACGCUUAUGCUACGUUUCGUCUUCUGUGAUGUUGUACUGCGAUUGCAUCGUGGCUUUCGUGGCCGUCAUAUGAGACCACGUUGCGAGCCACCGCUGCCAGCCAAUGAGUUACUCGAGCAUCCAUCACUGUCGCAUAUUAUAUUCCAACUAGCGUCGGCGCUCGAUGUGCGCGGCCAUUUCUCCGAUGGACCCGAAUGCGACUGAUGAUUUUUUAGCGAUACUUGUAAAAAUAUUUAUUAUUUAAAUUUACUUGUAAAACAAACCAUAGUCAUUAGUAGUACGGCCAUAGCAAGGAAAACACGAAAGUUGGCCAAACUUAGUGACGCUAGUGAAAAUGGCCAAUUUAAUAGGCGUGAUUAUGAAAUUGCGAGUAAAAGGAAGAAUAAAUUUAAUUAUUAUGAUAUUUAUUAUAAUAAAAUUAUUGUAAUUUUCUAUGAAAUAUAUAUAACUAUUUAUAUUUAUUUUUUUCUUAGCAUCAGUUCCAUAGCGACUUUUUUACAACAUACAUACUUAGGUGCAUACAAGCAAAUUUGUAAAAAAAUUAAUUAAUUAAUUAAUUACGAAAAAAUGCAGUAAUUGUAAAAUAAAAUCAUAAAAAAAAUAAAUAAUUUUAUUUCUUUACUCACAAUUAAUUAUAAUAAAUUGUAGAUAUACUUUAUGGUUUAUGACAGCUAACAAAUUUUACAACUGUGCAAAAUAAAAGCGUUCAUAUUAUUACUAAAAUAUAUAAAUUAAUGCUAAACCAAAAACAUAUUGCUGAGCUUCAAUUCAUGCAGCAUAUUAUGAAAAUAAAGUCUUGAAGACAUACUCACAUGCAUACUUCGAACUUCGUAUGUAUGUAUAGCGCUGAUAAAAAUAUGUAAAGUUAAAAGCCGAAAUAGUUCUAUAACAAAUAUGGGCAGCACCGAAAAACUAACAAAAGUAUACGCUUUGACUAAAAGAAUAUAGAAAUGUCUACUUGCUGUGCUUAAAUGACUUUUGAUGUAAUUUAUUUAUGAUUUUUGAAAUUAUAUCUACUAAAUUUUGGCAAACUUACCAUAAAAUAAUAUUAUAAAUUCGAAAAUAUUUAUACAAAUCCCAGGUCAAGUUCCAUUAAAAUUCAUUUAUUUUCAAAUUUUUAUAUAAAGUGUGGUAGGUCUUAUGUAGAGAAUACUACCCAAUAACAGAUUUUUAAUGUGUUCCGUUUUUUGACCGAUAUUGCUGUAGUGCUUGAAUGUUCUGUGAUCUAUACUGAAAUCAUGAAAAUUUCGAUACUUUUUAAUGAUGAAAAAUGAUUUGUGGAUAUUUUUUUUCGAAUGUUCUACGAACUCUUACAUUUUUGCAUCGGAAUUCGAAAGGAGAACAAUCGGGCUGUUGAUUCCAAUAAUUUUAGUUUCAAAGCAUUGAAUUCGGUACUAAAAUUCAAUUUAGAUUAUAUUCAAACCAAAUUGUAAUACAAAACUGAACCCAUAAUGAAUUCACUUCGAAAAAUAAUCUAAGGGAUUUUAUUCGGAUCAUAAAGGAAUUAUUUGAAUUUUACAAAAAAUGUUUCAAAAAAAUAUUGCUUUCAUAAAGAGCGUUUCGUGAUGAAUGCACGUCUAUAUUCUGUUUAAUCUCACAUUUGGUUUUAAGUGCAGAUUCCGUACAAUCCAACUUUUCGUUGAUCUGCGGAUCCUAACUAUACCAAAAAAGUUUAUAUGAAUUUCUCAAUGGCUUAAAAUAAUAAAUUAAAAAAAAUUAUUAAAGAAUUAAAAAAAAAAAAUAAAACCAAUAAUGUUCAUUCAAAAAUGUUGUUGAAUUUUUUAGAAUCGGUAAAUAGUUUAUUGUCCCGACUAUUAUUGGUAUUUCAAAUUUGUCCCAGGGUUCUCUCAUAAAUCUAAUUUCUUUAUUCUUAAAUGUUGCAAGAAAAAUAUUUUAUUCAUUUACAAUCUCACAACAGAUCUCCACGUUCGCUUUAGUAUCCCACAACUGCAGGCAAAGUCAUUUAAACACAGCAAACGCUGUUGUUGCGUCCCGGUAUGAGUAUAAAAGCUUUAAAUAUUAGGAUGCCCAUGGGCAACCGUUGCUGUUAGUUAAGAUGAAGCUUUAAAAGCUGCAAAUUUAUUCAGUUAAGUACUUACAUAUAUCUAUUAUUCUCUACCUCUUAUUUAAACUAGUCUUUCUGCCAAACCAAGAGGCAAUUAAACAACAAAAACAAACAAAAUGUCCUUUAUGCUCAUGACUGGUCACACAAAACACAACAGUUGAACACCGAUUUGCUAAUUCGUAAGCAAAAAAAAAAAACAAAAAAAAAAAAUAAAAUAAUUAAUAAAACACAAAUAAAACUAAAAAAUUAUAAUGAGAGAGAGAUUAUAAUAAAAUAACAGUUAAAUUUAGCUCACUUUCUACAUAUACGCAAAUGAAAAAAAAACUUAAGCAUUAACUCUUGUAUUGAAAAUAUAAAGCAAAAAUAAAUUAAUAAUAAUAAUUACAAAUAAUUAAAAAAAAAUAAUAGAAAAUCGAGCAAAAACGUACGAAGCAAACUGUAUUUUUACUAUAUGAAUUAAAACAAAAAAAAAAAAGAAAAAAAAAACGCGCUAGGUUUGUGUGAAUGGCUACACAGCAACGCAACAACAUUCAUGUGUAAUAUACAUAGUAUAUAUGUAACGCGUUAGGUAUGUUGAUGAUAAAUAAAUUAAUAUAUUAAUAAUAAAUUAAUAUUACAAAUACAUACAUACAUAAAAAAUAUACUCAUUUUAUAAUAUAUUUUUGCGGGAAAAAUUUUAUACGAUGCAAUGAAAACAAAAACCAAAAAAAACAAAAACAAGAAAUAAAUAUAAAAAUACCAUAUAAAACUAUAAAUUUAAAUUACGAUAAAAUAGCAUAUACAUACAUACUUAUAAAUAUAUAUACAUACAUAUAUAAAUAAUAAAUUUAUACUAAUGAAUUAUGAUAUAUACAAAAACAAAAACAAAAAACAAAAAUAAUUAAAUGAAAGCAGCAAAGCAAAUCAAUAGCAUUAAAUAGGCAAAUGAGUGCAGCAAAUUGCGCGGCAGACGAAGACGAACGAAAUUUAUACAGACAGACAAACAAACAGAUAUGCAAUUGGUUAAAUAGCAAAAAUGAUUGUAAAAACUGAACAUUACAGCAACUAAAAGUAAAACAAUAGCAGAAAAGUGUGGAAAAUAUAACUGAAAUUAUAAAAAUUUCCUAGGAAAUUGAGAAUACUGGGGGAGAAUUGCGAAAAAUAAAAUGUGUAUACAAAAUUUGUUUCAACACAAAACCUCUUCCUAUGCUUUUUUCGUAAAUGCAAUGUUUCCACAAUGUGGCUGAGGGAGACGCUGUUUUUUAAGUAAUUUGAAGGGUUGAAAAUAUUUUUUUUUAUAUUUUUUUUUAUAAUAUAACUAAAUUAUAAUAUAAUUUUUAUAUAUAUAAUAUAAUUUAAUUAAAAAUUAUAAAAUAUAACCAACAUUAAACAUUUAUAUAUACAAAUACCUAGCUUCAAAAAUUUUUGGAAAAUAUUUAACUAUUUUUUUUAACAAAUUUAAUUACAAAUAUUUUCUAAAACCUGUAAAAAAAUAAUAAAAAUAUGUAUUAAUUAUACAUGUCUUCUAAAACUUACAAAAGAAAAACAAUAAAAAUUUCCAAAAAUGCAUAUUUUUCAACACAAAUGCACCCUCAGUCCGUUGUAAAAUAUUUAUCUUGCUAAAAAUGUUUGCCUAAAAUUGCCAGCAUAUUUAUACCAAACCUAGACACAUAUAUAUAUUUACCUUAUAUACUUGUAGUGUACCGCAAUAAAUCUCGUUUAUAACAUUUGGAGUUUCUAAUAAUUACGCUUUGUUAAAUGACCGUUAUUUAUAUACUGUACGCGUGCAACAACAAAAAAAUUUACCCGUCAAAAUCUUUAUUAUUAUAACACAAAAUACAUAUAAAUUUGUGAAAUUUGUAAAACCAAAAGUAUUUACCGUUAAGUAACUUCCUUUCUCAAAAAAAAAAGCGAAAAACAAACGAAAAAACCACGCCCAUAAGAGUUUCAAACUUGCCACCUACAUUUGUUUAAUCAUUUUGGAGACGAAAAAAAAACGAUAAAAUAAAACCAAAACAAUUAUGUAUUAACUUAAAGUAAUAUUAACAAAUAUACAUACAUACAAUAUAUAGUAUACAUAUAUGAAAUUUUGUAAUUAACUGGUGCGUAACGCAAAGGCAAACUGGUUGGCGUUCAUUGGAUGUAUGCAAACUCAAUUGUGAGCUGGUAAAAAAAAAAUAUUUAAUAAAUUCAGCAUAAAACUUAAAGAAAGAAUAUACUAAACUGCAAGCAUAAACAACAACAAAUAAUGGCAGCCAAGCAAAAAUUAUAUGAAAUAAACAAUACUAUUCUGCAUUUAAUCAACUAACAUAUUUGAUAUACAAACUCAUAGCAAGCAUUUACAUAGGUGCAACAACAACAACAACUACUUACAUACUCAUGCAUACUCGUACUUUCAGCCAACACAAACGAAGUCCAAGAAAGUUAGUUUCUAACAAAUUGCAAAUAAAAUUUAAGCGCUUUCAUCCAUUUGUACCCCCCCGCAAAAAAUCUCACCAAUGCAACAUAAAUAAGUACAUACAUACAUACAUAGUACAUACAUACGUAGUAGCAAAAAAAAAAAGUAGGAGUUCACUGCCGUAAUGUCCGGCCAUAGGCUCCAAUUAAUCAUAUAUACUCCCACGCAAACGAACAUAGUUGAAAUACAUGCAUACAUAUUACAACAAAUAACAGUACAGUUUGAUAGUUGUACUACAACAACAGAUACUUAAUGCAUUUAAAGUCAUACAGCCAAAAUGAAGUUGUAUUGAAUCGAAGCUGUUAUGCAUAAAUAAUUACAUACAUACAUACAUACAUAUUCGUUAAAUGCACACUAGUACAUGUGCACCCAUACAAACGCGCAAGCAAGCAAGCAACAACAACAUCAUCAUUAUCAUGUUCAUAAUCAUUAGCAAAACGAAUUGGUAGUAGCGGAGGUGGUGAUUUCUUAAAGCAAAUACAUACAUAUAAAUAUAAAACAAUAGCGAAGGCAAGCAGGCAUACAUACAUAUGCAUUUGAAACGAAUUCAUAACUCGUUAGUUGACAACAACAACAACAAAAUUGUAAACAAUAAUUAAAAAAACAGAAAUGUAUAGAAGCUGGAAAUGAUAAAAGGUAAAUAGCAUAGCAAAUCAAAUAAAUAAGAAAAAAGAGUAAUAACGAAAUGGAAAAUGCAAAGAACAGCAAAAUAUUAUACAUACAAUAUAAAGAGUAAUAAAAAGAUGAAAAAUGCGAGAAAAAAUAAAGCACACGUUCGAAAAAAA